AUGGCAAAGGAGCUGUCGCAAUUCAAUCGAGUGAAAUUCAUUGCAUACAGAACGGCAAUGAAACUUCGGGCGCUUCAAAAGCGACUUUGCCUCGAUCUUGUCGACAUUCCGAUGUUGGAAAAAUGCUUCUCUCGUCUUGCUGGGUUGUCGAAUGAAGAGUUGCCUGGUCUAGAAGGCAUGGUCACCAGCAUUCUGCCGUUGUUCGAACAACUCAACGCAAAACACCCUCAAAUGGUCCGAAGUGUCGCUUUAGCGGUCGAUCUGGUCCCGAGAUGGAAUCCAUAUCGUAGUGCUUUCAUUCAAAACGGCACUGGAUAUGUAUGUCCAGCAGCUCCAUUGAAGACAAUCAUCUUCGAUCUGGUUGCUCAAGAUGGUCUGGCUGAUCAGAAGCACAUCGCUCUUCUGCUCUAUGACCUUAUCCAGAUUCCGCGACUAGUCGGCGAAGCGGCCGCAUUCGGUGGCUCGAACGUCGAGCCAUCGGUGCGUUCAUGCUUCGAGACGGUGCGUCUGGCGCCGACGAUCGCUGUGACGCCGUUCCUGGAAUGGUUGAAACAGGAACCGCAAAGCAUUGUGUGGUUACCGGUAAUGCACCGGUUGGCAACUGCUGAAUUCGCCAAACACCAGGCGAAAUGUAACGUGUGCAAAAUGUUCCCGAUCAUCGGUCUACGAUAUCGAUGUCUGCGUUGCUUCAACUUGGACCUGUGCCAGAACUGCUUCUUCAGCCAACGAACAGCGAAGAAACAUAAACUGAAACAUCCAAUGCAGGAAUACGCUGUGCCGACAACUUCCUCUGAGGACGCUCGAGAUUUUGCUCGAAUGGUUCGAAAUAAGUUCUCGCGAAGUAAGAGCAGUCUCGGAUACUUACCAGUAGAUGUCGGCGAUGAAGGCCGUCCAUUGACAAUCGCUCCACCGGCCGUUCGAAAUCCUGCCACCGAGGCGUUACAUCAACGAUCGGCUGCGAUUGCUCAUCGUCUCGCUGAACUCACCGUUUCGGGCGCGAGCCAGCCGAACCGUUAG